CUUCCUUUCCUAUUUAAACGUCAAAUGCAUGAAAGAAAAUCACAAUAAUAAUAAACAAUUUAUCACUAUGAAUCUGAAUAAAAAUUUUACGGACGCGAAAUAAAUUACAGCAAAAUGGAAUUGUUUAGAUCAGAUCAAUAUUACAUAUUUGUUAGAAAUGAGUCAAGUCUUUGGUGGAAUCGACAAACCGGAGCCUUUUCCGUAAGAUCAGCUUGGGAUCUCUCGGAUAUAGAGGACAUAGAAUGUUUAGGGAUAACAGAAGGAAUAAUAGGGAAAGUGGAGCACUCAAAUAUAUUUGAACCUCGACUUAUGAUCAUUAAGGAGAGUGUACCAGUAGGUCAAUUAUAUUUUCACCAUACAGUUUAUAAAAUAAAAUCAAUAUGCUUCCUAAACAUGGGGCUUGUGAACCAUGAAGUAGAACUGUGUGCUUGUACCAAGCAUGGUUCAUCAAGUUCAAUUGGUAAUUCAGGAAGGUCUAUCAACAAGAAAAUGGGUGGCCGACUUUUUGAGAACUCAGCAUUUCUGAAUAAAACUGUAGGAGCCGUUAAAAAUGUUAGCAAUACAAUCAAAACCACGACACAACAAGCAGCAACACAGGUGAAACAAACUGUCAAGAAACAAAGGGAUCCCAAACUAGCUGAGCGCUUUGAGAAGAGACUAACUGAUGAACUUCAUAAAAUAUUUGAUGACUCAGAUAGUUUCUAUUAUUCACGCACCCUUGACAUAACAAACAGUCUACAACGACAAUAUGAAAUAGAGAAGAUGUUAGAAUCAGAGGAGAACAGUAAACCUGUUAUGGAUAUAACAAGGUGGUGGAAACAUGUGGAUGAUAGAUUUUUCUGGAAUAAAUACAUGCUUAAGGAUAUAAUUAAUUUGGGAAGUCCAGAUUGUGAUGAGUGGGUACUUCCCAUCAUUCAAGGCUAUGUUCAUCUAUCUCAAAUAGCAGUAGAGCCAGCAGAUAUCAACCCAUUAAAUACAGAAUCACUGUCCAAUAGCAAUUCAUGUGAUGAGACCUUCACAUUAGGCCUGAUAUCCAGGCGAUCAAGAUAUCAAGCAGGCACUAGAUACAAUCGUCGUGGUAUCGAGCCGGAAGGAAAAGUGGCAAAUUAUGUGGAAACAGAGCAAAUUGUGUCCAUAAUAUGCUCUGAUAGUGUACAUAGAGCUUCUUUCAUUCAGAUUCGGGGAUCGGUUCCCAUUUUCUGGAGUCAGCCAGAUUACAAAUUUAGACCACCACCUCGUCUUGAUAGAAGUGAAGAAGAAUCACAUACUGCUUUCAAAAAACACUUCGAUCAAGAACUGAAUACAUACAAACAAGUGUGUAUAGUGAAUCUCGUAGAGCAGCAAGGUCGAGAGCGCAUCAUAUGGGAGGCGUACGGCAACCACGUACUUAAGUUAAAUAGUCCCGAUAUUAUAUACGCCACAUUCGACUUUCAUGAGUAUUGCCGUGGCAUGCAUUACGAAAACGUCAGUAUUCUUAUAAAUGCUAUCGCAGAUAUAAUCGGCGACAUGCGCUUCUGUUGGCGUGACGACCGCGGUCUCAUAUGCGCGCAGAACGGCGUCUUCCGUGUAAAUUGCAUUGAUUGCCUGGAUAGAACCAAUGUUGUACAGACGGCGAUAGCGAAAUAUGUGUUAGAGCUGCAACUAUGCCGGUUAGGGCUGGGUGCUCCUGGCUGUGGUUUACCACCUCCACUGCGGAGCGCCUUCCUCGCCAUGUGGGCAGACAGCGGAGACCUGGUGUCGCGACAGUAUGCCGGGACCAAGGCACUUAAGGGCGACUAUACGAGGACUGGCGAAAGAAAAUUCACCGGCAUGAUGAAAGACGGUGUCGCAUCGGCUAACAGGUAUUAUUUAUCAACUUUCAAAGAUGCACUUCGUCAAGUAGCCAUAGACGUGAUGACCGGCGAGUCGCGCUCCAUUCCUGAACAGCUGAUCGUCCCGGAUUGCUCCCGGUGCACGUCUGUCAAGGUUCUCAUGUUCAAUGAUCAGUCCGUCCCCGAUACGGCAGCGAUGGCGCAACACGUAAAAUCUCUAAUCGACGAUUGCAAGAAACUGUUGGUGGACACCGAGCCAGUAUUGGGUUCUUGGGGUCUUAUCGACGCUGAUCCACAUACGGGAGAUCCACAAGAAACGGAAAUGGACAGCGUACUCGUGCUAACGAGCGAGGCGUACUACGUCACCGACUAUGAUGAAACAUCGGACCGGCUGCUCAGCGUACAACGAGUUCCACUGCGUGACGUCACCGCUGUUGAGCUCGGCACCUAUGACACCAAUGCCACGAUCUUCGGUGUAGGCCGCAAGAGCAGUACUGAACCGGUGUUCUGUAUACGCGUCAACUACACGUAUAAUGGCGAGGCAGGCUACUUCCACAUGUUCCGAUCCACGUCUCUGCGUUUCUUUAACAAUAUGGCUGUCGUCAUCAACACCAAGGACGAGAUGAUUGAAUCGCUGCAUUCGAUAUGUGAAUCAAUAGUUGGCGCGUGAUGUAGUUUAGUUGUCAAAAUACCGUUCCAUGACGGUGUCAAGUUGGAACGCAAGAAGUCAAAGCCACAACCGGGCGCUGCUGGUGCGGGUGCACGGUCGUCUCUCUACGUGGACGUGUCGCGGCUGCCAUCACUCACCCGGAACGUCAGCGAGACGCAACUCGUGGCGGACAUACGCAGCGUUGGAUCAAAAGCCCUCAACAACAUGACGGAACAGUUCAGCAAACUCAACAAGCUGAGCCACUCACUAAACGCCCGAGCACGACCCAGCCUCCAAUUAAAAUUCGACCAGAGCGCCUCCCGCACCAAGAAGAUCUUCACUUUAGGACAAAACAAACCCGAUAAAAAAAAGGGCAGCCUGUCUGAUGGCUUGAGUUCUGACUAUUCAUCAGACGAUGAAAAUAGAACUAACAUCUUCGAACCCACUUUAGACAAUUUCGAAAACACACAGCACUACAUUGGUAAAACGGGACAGAAGAGUGAGACCGACAACGACUGCGAUUUAAUAGAAAACCCACUGUAUUCGUCAAAAAUAGAACACGAGAAAGUAGAAUUUGUGCCUAGACAAUUGCCUAUGAACAUAGAAAAACAGUCGUUAAAAACUCCGAAUCAGAUGAACAAAAUAAAUCCCUUCGACAUGGAAUUAGAGGUGUUGAGAACGCCUGAAAUACAAGUUGAAGGCGAAAGUACAAAGCCACUACCGCCCAGCUCUCUAUUACUGUCUCAGAAACUAUCACAUAGCUCCAACGAUGUGAACUAUGAAGAGAAUCAAACCAUCGCAACUGAAGGCGCAAGUUUCCAUACACGUUCGAAUUCACAGCACGAGAUUACGCUAAAUAUAGCACAAUCACACAGUGAGUCAGCGCUCAAGCAGCUUAAAAAUAUUGCCAGUCCAGUAUCCAGUGCUACUAGGGAGAUGGUACUCUCGCCGCUAUCAAAAUUAGCUAAAGGUGUACAAUCCUUAGGUGCGAAUUUAGAUCCGAGGAAGAUCAAGUCAUCUUCAGCUUCAGCUGUGAAGCAUGUUAGCGAACAACAAUAUGAAGAACAUAAAAAACUACAGGAAAAAUGGCGCGGAUGCAAUACCCGUCUUGUGGCUUUGUAAUAUUUGUAAUACUUUGUUUCAAAUAUUUUACCU